CUAACUAUACACAUACGCAACGGCUCCCACUAGGCGGGCUUGCUCGCUGGAGCUUGAGCGCGACUCCUUAUGGAUUUCAUUAUUACAUAGCUGCAUUGGACGUAUGUUCAGAUGGCCCAAAAUAACGGUGCGGUGUCGCGGGACUGGAAAUACUAUUACCGUCGACUGUGCACCGGCUUCUGGGCCUGCUCAAAACAGUACAAGGCCGUUUGUGCCGUGGUGAGGUCGCAUCCACGAGUACUUGCGGCACCCUUGCUGGUUUUCGCGCUUCUUACCGGAGUGGGUCUCUGGGCUGUCUACUUCUCUGCUAUCCAGGAAUCGCAGUCGCUCCAGAACGAGGCCCUGAGCUUGGCCCGGAAUGCCGCGGCCCAGUACCGCACCGCCCUCGUGGCGGCUUCCCUUCCCGUCGAGGCGCUGGCCACGCAGAUCCAGCUGCAGCCAAAUUACUUGGAUGUGCAGCGCGUGUUCAAUGCAGCGGCUCCACUCCUGGGCAGGGCGGUCCCAACCAGAGCGCUAAUGCGUCUGCAGCUGCUGCCGGCGGGGGUCCUGCGGAUGGUGUACCCGCCCCUUCCGCCAACGCAGGGGACCAGUAAUGGGCUGACGACUAGUCUGGGCUACGACAUAUUCUCAGCUGCCGACGCUGAGGUGCGGGACAGCCUACGUCGCAGCCUGCGGGACCCGCGCCUGUCCAUAGACGGACCCUUGCCGGGUACAGAGCCGACGCCCGAGUUGCGAGUGCUUGUCGUGAGGCAGGCUGUGUACGUGAACGUCACCAACCCGCAAGAGGAUUUCGGCCGGCCCGACUCCCCGAACCCGGCCUGUGGUGCGCCGUGCGAAUUUCAGCCCGCCACAUAUGCACCGCCGCCUGCUGCUGCUGGCGGCGAUAGCAGCACUGCUGCUGCUGCGCUUGCCGGCGGCGGCGGCGGAGAGGGCGGCGCCGUCGUGGGUCGAUUGUGGUGGGGCAUGGUGGUGGCCGUGAUCUAUCUGGAUGCCUUCACAACGGAUGCCUCCCACCUGGACCUCCUGGCCAAAAGCAAUCCCUCGGCGGCGGCCUCCGCAGCUGCUUCCACAUCAAACAGUAGUAGCAUCACUACUAGCACCAACACUAGCACCAUCAGCAGCAUUAGUGACUCAACCAGCAGUGGCUCCAGCGGCAGCAGCCUUGCGGCAGCAGGCUUGGCGGCGGAGGUGGGUGGCGCAGGUGCUGCGCUGCAGGCUCUGUCCGACCUCGGGUACCGGUACAGCAUCACCAACGCGCUGGGCGGGCUGGUGGCGGCCAGUGCGCAGCUGCCCUCAGCUGCGCGAGGCGCUGCGGUGGAGGCGCCGAUGGAGCUGCCGGGAACACAGUGGGUGCUGCGAGUGAGCCCGGCAUCUGCUGACGAUGGCAACUGGAUGCCGGUGUGGACUGGCGGCGUCAUGGCUGCCGUGGUGGUGGCGGCCGCGAUCGCGGCCGUCAUGCUCUUCGGGCUGCUCGUCUCAAGGCGCCGUCACGCCAUGCUUCUGGAGGCUCUGCUGCCACCCGACAUGCUGCACGGCCUGCGCAGCAAUAGUGCGGUAGUGGCGGAGAAGAUGGACCCCAGCAGAUCACCGCGCAUCACAGAGAGCCCCGCCGAGCUGCUGAUGGACCUGCUGGCGGAGCUGCUUGCGGGCCAGGCGCCCGACCUGCGCCAGGUGGUGGUGCUGCGCUCGCUGCUGCUGCGCAACGCCGACUGGUACCGCCCGCUGGGCAUGGGCGGCCAGCUGCUGCGCAACGCCAACCUGGAGGAUGACGUGGCGCGGGCGCUCAUGAGGCAGCUGGGCACCGGCUUCCCAGAGGACGACCCGGACCGACGGGACCAGCAGGAGGAGGAGGACCCGCAAACGAUGUAUAUGGAGGAGGAUCUCGACGGCAUGGAAGGGCUGGAAGGCCUGGACGAACUGAGCAUCAUCUUCGCCGCCACCGGAGCAGGUGGCGGCAGGGACCGGCCUUCUCAGUACCAGCAGCGGCAGCAGCCGAGGCAGCAGCAACGGCGGCCGCAGCAGCGGCAGCAGGCGCAUGCGCUGCUGGCGGCUGGCGGCGGCGGGGACGGGGACGGGGAUGAGGCGGCGCACGCCGCCGCUCGUGCUAGCCAUGAUGCUGACGCGGAUGGUGAUGAUGGGUGGCGGGGCAGCGGUUGGCGGAUGCAGGAGCUGCUGCUGUCAACCCAGGGGUUGGAGCGCCUGGAGCGGGAGGCGGCGGCGGCGGCCCGGUGCAGGACACUGCGCGGCGCGCUGUCACUCAUCAUGGCCGACGGCGAGGAGGGCGAGGAGGAGGAGGACGCCAGGGCCGCCGCCGCCGCCGUGAACAUAAUGAUCACCGGCGGCGGCGGCGGUGUUGGUGGCGGCGGUGGUGAUAGCGCGCACGCCGCCGCCACCGUCAGGUCCCCCAGCUGCCGUCGGCGGAGCGUGGGCCGGCGGAGCGCCAGCAGCGUGAGGAGCAUGACUGCCGGCAGCGCUACGGCGGCGGCAGCGGCGGCCACCGGGCCAAACGCCGCCGCCGCCGCUGCAGCAGGAUCAGCAGGCGGCAGCGGCAGGGGCUUGAUAUCGGCUCUUAUGGCAGCCACGGCGGCAGCGACGGCGGCUUCGUCCCCAAGGGCGGCUGGGUCGGUAGGGCGGCGGCCGUCGGCGGCAACUUCUGCCGCUCCUUCGCCACGGCCCAUGAGUCCCCGGAACCCCAUGUCUGCCACGGCUCGGCUCCUGCUGAGCCAAGCUGGCGCGGAUGCAUCACCAUACGAGCCGCCGAUGGGAUCAUCAGCUGCAGCGGCGGCUGCCGGGUCCUCCGUUUUCGCCGCACCCCACAGUAGCGGCGGCCGGCGGGUUCACAGAGCAGCAGCAGCAGCAGCAGCAGCAGCCGGCGGCGGCCCCUCCGCGUCAGCCUCGAAGCUGCCCGUAGUUCUGUCCGAGGCGGUCGCGACGCUUCGGUCACCGGCGGACACCUCGAAACUUGUCAGGCACUUCAGCGGCUACCAUGCUAAGGGCAACAGCAUCCAGCGACAGGCUUCUCAUAAGCCUGCUGGUGACGCGACAGCAGCUGUGGCGCCAACGGCAGUCGGGGCGGUGGCGGCAGCGGCGGCAGCAACAGCCAUGUCAACGGUACCGCCGGUUUCCACCGGCGGCAGCAGGUUUGGCGGGCUGGUCGGGUUGCUGCGGUCCUCCCGCUCCCUCGCGCGGCGCACGCCACAGCCCCUCCGCAGCAGCACAGCAGGGCAGCCGCACAUCUAUGACCACGCACAGCAGAUGGACCGGGCACAGCCGUGGGGCGCCGCCGCCGCUGCCAGCGGCGAAGCCACAGCCGCCACAGCCGCCACAGCCGCCACAGCCGCCACAGCCGCAGCGCGUGACAUAAUUAACAGUAACGAGCGGCCUCCCGCGGUGCUGUCCCGCAUAGGCUGGCACUUGAGUAGCCUGCGGAGUAGUGGCGGCGGCGCCCAGCAGCAGGCGCACGCCGCCACCGCCCCAUCAUCAGCCGCUGGAGCUCCCCGCAUCUGUCGGGCCGAUGCUGGUGGUGGUGAUGGGGACCAGCGACGACCUGCAGCCGGCACAGUGGCAGUGGUCAACAUGGCGGCGGCUUUGUUGGAGGAUGGGGCGCUGCCAGCCGCCGCUGUUGCGCAGCAGCGGCGGCUGCCAGCACUUCCACCAGCAGCGCUGCUGUGCUCUGAAACAGGGGACUCAUCACUGCUGAGCGCGUCAGCGAUUGCCAGCGGCGCGGGUGGCGGCGGGGGCGCUGCUGCAGGCAGCGCUUCUUCGGCCAGGGAACCUCCGUGGCUGCUGCUGCGCACCGCACCCCCAGACCUGCUGCUGCACGUAGCAGCCGCCGGCGCCGCGCAGCAAUCUGCGUCCAGAAGCACGCCUGUUGUUGGGUCCGGAGUAGCAGACCGAGUAGCAGCAUCCGGAGCAGCGACGGACGCGGCUACAAUCACUAUGACCGCACGCACGCACGCAGCUGAUGCGCCCGCCGCCCCUGCUGAUGAUGCAAGGCCUGCAACCAGCGAUGUGCCUGUGGCCGCCGGGGGCAACGCCGGGGACGACGCCGUGCGCCUCGCGUCCACAGCCACCAGGCUCCUGGGCGGAAGCAAAGUCACUUACAGCAGCAACGCGCCUGCUGGCCAUCAGUCCCUGGACCAACAGCACCAAAGGAGAAGGCAGCAGCAGCUGCAGCAGCUGCAGGAGCAGCAGCCGGCAGCGGCGGCGGCGGCGGCGGGGGCGGAAACAGCGGCUCCUUUUCCUUCCGCCGCCGCUUCCUCCAUUUACUCUGGCGGCAAUGCUUCCGCGCUGCUGUCUGUGCACCCCGUUUCUGUUCCCGAGGGCGACGCGCUCUCAUGUGAGCGCAUUGAGCACAGCGGCAUCAUCGUUUGUGCGCCGGCGGCUGCUGCCGCGGCUGCCGUGUCGGCUCUGUCAGCUCCCUCCGCCGCCAGAGCCACUGCCGCCGCACCGCCACUUCCGAGGCCCCAGGCAUCGGGUCUGCUCCUUGAUGAGGUGGAGUCGCUGUUGGCCCGGGCGGACGACCUGCAGUACGACAUGUGGGCACUGGCGGACGCCACCGCCGGCCGGCCGCUCAGCGCCCUGGCCUUCUUCCUGUUCCAGCGCCAGGGUCUACUCAAACACUUCCGCAUCAAGCCGCUGAAGCUCGUUCGGCUCUUGCGCGCGAUUGAAUCAGGGUACCCCAACAACCCCUACCACAACGCCACGCACGCCGCUGACGUGGUGCGGACCACCCACGUGCUGGCGCACGCCGCCUGCCUCACCGCCCACCACCUGGACACGCUGGGACUGUUGGCGCUCUACUUUGCGGCGGUCAUCCAUGACUUCGGGCACCCCGGCCUGACCGGCGACUUCCUGGUCGCCACCUCGCACCCGCUGGCGCUGCGCUACAACGACCGCUCGCCGCUUGAGAACCACCACGCUUCCGCCGCCUUCACGCUCAUGGCGGAGCGGCCCGAGCUGGACGCGUUCGAGGGCCUCAGCCGGGAGCAGCGCAUUGCUUUCCGCAAGCAGGUUGUGGAGCUGGUGAUGGGCACGGACAUGAAGCAACACUUCGGGCUGCUGUCACAAUUCACAAACGCCGUCAGCGCGCAGCGCCUCAAGCAGCACCAGUACCAGCAGCAGCCGCUGGCGGCGCCUGCCGUGGCAGUGCCGGCGGACGCGGAGGCGCAGGCUGCUGCUGUUGGCGGAGGCAGCGGUGGUGGCGGCGGCGUGGCCAUGCGGGGGCGGCGGCGUGAGCCUGCACAGCAGCAGCAGCAGCAGCAGCAGCUGGCGGCGCCGCCGGGUGCGGUGGUCGUGACCAUAGGCGAUGGUGGCGGCGCUGUGGCGGCAGCUGCUGAGUCAGACGUGUCGCAGCAGAAAUCAGCCUCCACGCGGCGUGACCGCGGUGGUGUCACCUCAACAAGUGGGAGUCAAGCCGCUGCAAAGGCGGCGGCGUCCGCGGAUCCUUGUGCCCAACACCACCACCCAGAUUCGCCCAACCACAACAAUCGCACGCCCACUGCAGCUGGCACCUUCUCAGCGCCAUCAACCGUAGUGCACGAUGGCACGGCGGCGCCGGCGGCACGCAAGCAGACGCAGCCGGUGGCGGCGGCGGGAGCAGUCACGUCCUUCUUGCGCCAAUCACUGCCUGUGUUGGCGCCACCGCCGGUGGUGGGCUGCGCGCCUGUAGCGGCAGCGCAGGGGCAGGCCGCGGCGGCAGUGCCGGCGCCGCCGCCGCUGCCGCCCGCGGACGAGUCCCAGCGGCUGCUGGCUCUGCAGAUCUGCCUCAAGGUGGCAGACAUUGGGCACCUGGCGGGAACACUACCUGUGCACAAGCGGUGGCUGGGUGUGUUGGAGGAGGAGUUCUUCCGGCAAGGUGACAAGGAGCGGGAGGCAGGGCUUCCCAUCAGCCCGCUUUUCGACCGCGCCAAGCAGGGCGUGUCCAAGAGCCAGGCCGGCUUUUACGAAUUCGUGGCGCUGCCGUUGGUGCGGGCCCUGACAUCCGCCUUUCCCGGAGCCACACCGCUGGUCCGGUGCUACGAAGCCAACUACGAAUACUGGAAGAUGGAGCAAAAGCAGCAGCAGCAGCAGCAGUAAUGCAUGUCCCUUGCUUAGGCAAGAUAAUAAGGAGUUGGAAUGCAGUCAAGUCCUCCCAAUGACGUCAGAGGCACUGACGGCAUGACGGGCAUGCCGUUACGAUACUUGGGUAUGCACACACGCGCGUUGCUCUCAAAAGGGUUUUGGCAUUGAUCUUGCGUUGCAAGGCACGGCUGUUGUUGGGCGACCAAACUACUAGCUGCAUAAAUGGGUCAACUGCUUGGGGAUAUUGAUUCGGAUGCAUGUUGGUUUGGUUCGUUGCUUGGACAUGUAGCACGUAUUCUAUCCUAGGGGCUAGCGACAUGCUAUUGCAGUGGGACGGCCCUCGUCCGCACGGCAUAGGCUCGCUUGCACGUGCAGGGUUGCAAAGGUGGACCGGCGCGGCCUUACCUCUUUCCCUUGUGCAUUAGCAAGCAAUGCGUGCUGUCCAGCUAGCAGCAGGAGUUAGGUUGCUUGCAUGGGGCAGGAGUCGUACCACGAAGAUGAAUGAAGCAGGUAUGAAAGCACCAAACCAAUGGAGAUGCCGCAUGCACGUUGAACAGCUGAUGAAGUAUUGCACCACUGCUGAUAAGGUUGCGCAGCGGCGCGGUAUCAUGCAAUGAUACGCCAGCUAGCUAGGUAGUGCAGUAUUGCUGCACUCCUGAUCAGUUGAAAUAAAUCCCUGUGCGUGGUCAUAAUGUCAUCAUUACACUUGUGUACUGGGCCAAAUGCUUUCGUUGGGCCGCAGCAUUGGUGGUGAUAAUAAGGACCAGUAGAUGGGAUGCAAGGCUGUAGCCUGGCAGGGGAGACACUAUUCGUGAUGUUGUUUUACUUGCUUUUACUUAGCUGUGCUGGCUUGUGGGUUACGCUGGCUAAGCACACGCAGAGGGGAUCAAGAAGGUGCUCACACGUACACCUGCUGAGGGUGCUUUUGCGCUGCUGCCUGGAGGUUCUGUGGGCUGGACUGCUUCGCUUGGUUGGUUAUGCGCUGGGUGGCUGCUGGAGUGGCGGGCUGGAGGACACGACACCAACACGUGGACCUCCCGUUUGACUCUUGUGUGGUGUCUUCGAAAUGGAAUAAUGCUUGUCGCAGUGCUGCCACAGUGGCCAUAGCGGCCUGAUUGAUUGUUGGCAUGCUUUGCGUGUGUGGUCCGAAGGCGCGGCUGUGCGAUGUUGCGUUCUUUGUUUUCUUGCUUGAAUGCAUGUAUGGAUGCAUAGUUGUUUGUUUGGCAGGUGGGGCCGGGCCGGCAGGGAUGGCCGUCCCUUUCUGCAGUGCCCCCCAUGGGCUCCCAGCCCAUCACAGCCGCCGCGCCUCCACCUGCUCCUGGGUGGCGGGGGGGGGGGGGGGUUUGAGACACGUCACGGAACGGAUCUAACCUUCUUGUAUUGGAUGCCUUACUUGCUUCGAAGGGUGCGUGGCUUCAGUGGCGUGACUACUGGAGGCUACCGUACGUAGUGAGAGAGCACAUGGCUGCCUGCAUGGGGGCUUAUUAGCCUUGCGCAUCUGUGGGCCUUACUUGCUGCACCUACCAUUACCUGUUGGGCCUCCUGGUGGUGCGCCUACCUUGCGGUGCGCCUACAUACCAGGUGUGCCUAUCUAUACGUGCCGAUGCGCCUUAUUGGUGCGCCUACCUGGCUGGUGCGGCGGGCGCAGCAGAGUGGAGACUGUGCCGCGCGUGUCCUGCGUGUCGCCAAUGUAUGACGUCGUGCUCCUAGCUAGGCCGCCAGGAUGCCAGGCUGUUAACGUAUCGCACACAUGUGUUUUGCUUGUAAUGAAUGAAGAUU